CGCAAUAACAAAAAGUAGUCGCAGGUUAUCAAUUAUCACACGUCAGUUUUUGUCGCUGUUUUUAGCAACUGUCCCAAAUGUUGCGACCUUUGUUUAUAUUUUCAUUGGUGGCCUUGAUCCAACUAAAGGCAACAUAUGGCCAACAAACCGCCGAGGAAGAACAGGGCGUACGCUAUGCAAAUCGCUGCGAAGCCUGCAAAAUUCUUGCAGCUGAAUUGGAGGCGCGUCUCGGUGAAACCGGCAAAUCGCACGAUGUGAUUGAGAUCGGGUAUUCCGUGGACGAUGUGCGUCCCAAGAAGCGCACCGAGUACCGACGCAGCGAAUUACGUCUACUCGAAUCCCUGGAGAACGUGUGCGAGCGUGUGCUCGAAUAUAAUCUGCACAAGGAGCGCACGGACAGCACAAGAUUCGCCAAGGGCAUGUCUCAGACAUUUCAGACGCUGCACGGCCUGGUAGACAAGGGCGUUAAGGUCGACCUUGGCAUACCCUACGAACUGUGGGAUAAACCGCCUGUCGAGGUCACUCAAAUGAAAACGCAAUGCGAAAACAUGUUGGAGCAAUACGAGGAUGAGAUUAGCGAUUGGUACUUUAAGCUGCAGGAGACGAAGUCGUUGCAGAAGCAUUUGUGUGAGGAGCAUGUGCUGAAGCAUCGCCAGGAGCGCGAGUGCCUCAAGGAACAGCUGCCAGAGCCGAAGCCGGAGAAGAAGGACAAGAAAGCGAAAGGGGAGAAGCAAAAGAAGACGAAGGAAGAGAAGGAGGAGCUAUAGAAGCCUUGCCAAGAGAGAUUUCUAGUUAAGAAUAAAGUGUAUUUAAGUUACUCACCGUCGUCUGUGUUCCAAAAGGCUUCCAAAGCGACUGCAGCUAAACUUUGGCACUCUAUCGAUUAACAACUGCAUUUAGGGGGAAACAAAAACCUUGCAAACAUUUCCUUUAGCGAAGUUUAUACAUUGUUCGCUUAACGUGAUUAAGAGAAUUAGGAAAACUUCCAACCUGAAAUAUAUUUACUAAAGGAAUAAAUCUCAUUUCAGUUAAAAGUUUUAAGUAAUAACCAAACACAAAAAAAAAGUAUAUAAUAUAAAAAAAAAUAUCCAUACUAAAAUAAUAUAUUUCAUUUUU